UCCCUCACAGCGAAUAAAACAAUCACGUUACCGUUGGAAAAAAAGCCCUAAAGGAAAGACCACUCUCCAACCCAGGAGGAUGUUCAGCUUACAAGGCAGUACAUAGAAAAUUGUGACUGUUUAUUCUCCAUACAAAUAUUUAACAAUAGCGUGGAAUAUGGCCAGGCCAUUUUUGUUUCUCAUUAUUUUUGGCAGUGCUUGAAACGCAACACAGAUUAGGAAUUGAAAGGGAGAUUAUUAAUGGCGGACUUAGCAGCAGUUAUCAAGCCAGUAACUUUUGUCACUGGAAAUGCAAAAAAACUUGAGGAAGUCAAAAUGAUCUUUGGUCAAACUGUUACAUUGCAAUCUUUGAAGCUCGACUUGCCUGAACUGCAGGGUGAACCUGAAAACAUUUCAAAGGAAAAAGCUCGCUUGGCAUCACGACAGGUAAAUGGACCAGUGCUCGUUGAAGAUACAUGCCUCUGUUUCAAUGCACUGAAAGGUAUUCCAGGGCCUUACAUAAAGUGGUUUCUUGAGAAGAUUGGUCAUGAAGGGUUGAACAAUUUGCUCCAUGCAUAUGAAGACAAAUCUGCUUAUGCUUUGUGCAUUUUUUCUUUAUCACUUGGGCCUGAUUCUGAACCUUUAAGUUUUGUUGGAAAAACUGAGGGCAAAAUAGUUCAGCCCAGGGGGCCACCUAAUUUUGGAUGGGAUCCUAUAUUUCAACCUGAUGGCUACACAGAAACUUAUGCAGAGAUGCCGAAGGAAGAGAAGAACAAAAUCUCUCAUCGUAGAAAAGCUUUGGACAACGUCAAGGCUCAUUUUGCUGCUGCUAAUUACAAGUUUGAUACUAAUUGAGGUCAUAGACACUUGAAAUUCAUAUUAACCUUUAUUAGUUGGUAACAAUAACCAAGUAACAAACAUGUCUUGUUAGUCUUAAAAUUUAAGUCCAAAUUAGUCUAAAAAUUGGGGUUUUCAUUUGAAGUUGAAACAAAAGCCAGGAUUCUUGGUUUCUAAAAAUUUGUCCCUUCAUAAAACCUUUCUCUUCAAAUUGUUCGUUCUUCAUUGAGUUAUAUUAUUAGUGACUGGGAGUUGGAUAUAAAUUGAAUCUCUAAAUACAGGUCCAUUGAUUAUCCUCUACUUUUU